AUGGCAGACAUCGAAGAGAUCAUUGACUUAUAUGCGGAAAUACCUACUUUUCAUCCUGAUUAUAAGCCUAUUAUAGAUAAAAUGCCACAAAGUCUAGUCAAAAGAGCUUUUGAUCAAUUACUUAAUAUAAAACGUAAUCCUGUUUUACCAGAAGAAAUUACAGAAAAAAGUGAUCGAAUUGAGCAAUAUUUGCGACAUAAAUUAAUUGUUUAUGAACAGGCAAAAAGUCGAAAGGCUUUUAUUUAUAGUAUGGAUACUGGAAUGCAGACAGGGAAUAGUAGUUUCUCAGAUAAAGCAAUACAAACUGAUUCUUUGGAUAAAGCAACCCAAACAGAAGCGAAACUUCCAAAAAGUCUGGUCAAGAGGGCAUAUCAUAGGCUUUUAUAUCACACUAGGUCUCCUAUUACAUCAGAGCAAAUUUCUGAAAAAUGUGAUCGAAUUGAGACUUAUUUGUAUCAUACAUUAGAG